AUGGCGCCCCCGGGGAGGCCGAUCGUGGCGAUGGCUGCGGAUGGGAGCUCUAGACAGACGUACGCGACCGCACGCAAGGCUGCGGACGCGACAGGAGUGCCUCACACGACGAUUGCCAGGGCCGCCAAAAUCUUGGUGAAGCAUGGGGGGUACUUCUUCAAAUUCGACGGCGACUCCCGCGAACCCGUCUUCGAACGAACUCCGGUUAUCACGGCCGAAGAUCGAACACGAGCACAGGCACUGUUUCACCACCUGUCGGGGACAGAUGGCGAACUCAUCACCGAGCUCCGUUUGAGCGACGGGUAUUUGAACGCGACGAGAAUGUGCCAGAGCGCGACGCGGGCGGAGGGCGUCCAGAAGAGGUUCACCGACUUCUACUGUCUCCAAGGAACGUCCAACUACAUCGAGGCAUUGGCUCGCAGGAUUUGGGUACCUCCGAGACAGCUGGUUGAUAAGGGGUCGGGCGGGCAACCGACGUUCGUUCAUCCAGAGCUCGCAGUGUAUCUGGCAAGUUGGAUCAGCUCCAAGUUUGCUGCCGAGGUGACGGGAUGGCUCGCACGGGCUAGGAAGGAACUUCCGGGAUUAGAUGCCGAGGUACACGCGGCGCUAUUCAACCUGGAGGCCGACGAGCGUACGAAGAGUCCGGAAGCAGUCGUACGCGAUCAACUCGCGGCGGAGCUAUGUGCGCAGACCGAAGUCGAGUGCGAGCAUGGUUUCGUCGACAUCGUCGGCGCUUCCGAGAUCAUCGAGGUCAAGCACUUUCGACAAUACAAGCAUGCCGUGGGGCAGGUAUUGGCAUACGGCUUGAGCUUCGAGAACAAACGCAAGCGCAUCCAUCUCUUCUCCACCGACAAAGACGUGGACGACUCCAACGAGAUCACGGACACAAUCGACAAGGCGCGUCGACUGUGCCAGAGCCUGAACAUCGGGGUGUCGUUUGCUGGACGACUGGCGGGUGUCACCAACAACGAGGUUUACAACUCACGGAAGAGAAAGAAGAGCGACGAUUGUACGAAGCCCGAUACAGACAGAAUGGCAACAGUAGUGCAUAACACUAUCGAGAAGUACGUCGUAACGAUUCAAACUGCUGAUGGCAGCUCCAGAGAGACGUAUGCGACUGCGCGCAAGGCUGCAGAGGCGACGGGGGUGUCGCAUACCACAAUCACUAAGGGUGCCAAGGGCUUGGCGGAGCAUGGAGGGUACUUCUUCAAGUUUGAAGGCGACUCCCGCGAACCCGUCUUCGACCGAGCUCCGACUAUCACGGCCGAAGAUCGAACACGAGCGCAGGCUCUGUUUCACCACCUGUCGGGUUCAGAUGGCGAACUCAUCACGGAGCUCCGCCUGAGCGACGGGUACGUGAACGCGACGAGAAUGUGUCAGAGCGCCACGCGGGCGGAUGGCGUGGAGAAGAAGUUUGCGGAUUUCAAGCGCCUUCAGGGAACCACCAGCUUCAUUGAAGCAUUGUCAAACAGGGUCGGGAUACCCACAUAUCAGUUGGUCCAAGUAGGAUCAGGGGGACAAGCGACGUUCGUACACCCGAAGCUAGCAAUCUACCUCGCCCAGUGGUGCUCUUCCGAGUUUGCGGUGGAGGUGUCGGAGCUGGUGUUCCGCUACCUGUCCGGAGACUUGACUACCGGAGAAUCUUCGGCUGCUGCCCAAGAGGUGCAGCGACAGACGACACCGACACCGCCUGCCCCACCCGUCACCAACUGGCACAACCUGAGGCAAGACGGAAUGAAGAUGUACAAGAGUGAGACCGACGCCAUCCAGGACUACAUAGCCGUGCGUAGCGCGGCGCAACCCGGCGAAGACCUCAGCACGUACUAUGCCAAGGUCAACAAUCUCAUCAACCAGGCUCUGCUCGACUUCAAUACGAGCACGAGGGAGUACAAGGACCUGCGUGGCAUUCCGCAGAGCAUGACCAUCCCCGACAUGUUCGACGGGCACGGUCAGGUCCAGAGAAUGAACGUAGAGUUCAUGUUCUUCAAGUACUUCACCGACCGCGAGGACCAGUGGGCGAGCCUGAAUCCGUGGAAGGCCUACAACGACCUCAAGGAGCUGAGAGACAAGUUCAUCCGAUUCCGGAGCGAGACCGGGCUGAAUGAUCUGUCGACGAAGCACAUGCUCGAUGUCCCCGAGGCGAAGAAACGGAAGCGCGAGAUGACUUCGAUCGGAGCACUGGAGGCUUCGCCCGCCUUGAAGGCGCUGCUGCCCGCCUUUGCCCCUGCCGCUCCGAUGACCGUCAACAACAUCCACAAAUAUUUCUUCAGGGUGGAGAGGAUGACGAAUGGGGUCUUGAACGGACCAGUACAUGGCGAGUAG